CCCCAAUACCAGCAAUAAUCUUUCAGGAGAGGGGACUCAGUUUAGAUCUUGUACAUCGAGGCAUAUCGAUCCUAGAAACAACUCUUUGCAUGAGAUCUACUGUCUCUUCUUGAGAUACGCGACGACCAGUAUUAGUCACGUGACAUGGUGAUUGGUUUCUUUGGCAAACGGGCAGCAACAAACAAACAUCACUACCAAACGAUCUCAGUGCGUCUACCUUACAGUAUACCACGAUGGAAAGUCCUCACGAGCAUCAGCAAGCCUUGCUGCUAUCUCGCAUCAUCGGCAACAUUGAAAAACUCAAUGAAUCAAUCAUGGUCAUGAACCGCAAUCUUCAGGAGAUCAACAUCCAGAACAUGAAUGUUGAGCUUGUAGCGCAGAUGUUCAAGAACUACCAGUCCAAUGUCCUGUUCCACUUGGAAGCGACGGACAACCUGAAGGAGCCAUCCUGAGCUUUUGCCAGCGUUGACUAUUGUACUUACGACGACAUGAUAUUCCGUUUCCAUUGUUCUAAUGAAACCUUCUUCUGGUGAAUGAGACUUGUGCUGUUGAGUAAAUUAUGUAAAAACCCG